UCUAAAACCGAGCGGUUUUGAGCUCACUAAGGCCACGCCCCCUCCCCCGCGCAGACCACGCCCAAGCCCCCAUCAAACUCCUCCCUGAGGCCCCCUCCGGCUCUAUUUCCUCCCCCGUGGGUGGAGGCCCUGUGCAGAGCACAGUCCCUCCGUCCAGAGCAAUCAGCCGCGUGUGUGCUGCAUCUUCGGGUUUGCUGAUCUCCACCGGCCUGGGCCUGCACUCCCAGCAUGUUGUCCAGUUUGAAUGAGUGGCUGUGGCAGGAGAAGUACUGGUUACCACCCAACAGUACCUGGGCACAACUGGAAGAUCGAGAUGGCCUGGUGUUCGCCCACCCUUACCACAUGCUUGCUGCCUUGCCAAUGGCUCUGGUCCUGGUGGCUGUGCGCAUCAUCUUUGAGAGAUUUGUGGCCUUGCCCCUGAGCCGGUGGAUGGGUAUAAAGGAUCAAAUUAGGAGGCAGAUGACGCCUAAUCCAGUGCUGGAGAAAUACUUCCUCAGGAUGGGGCAGAGACCCAUGGAGACCCAGAUGGUCCUCCUGGCUGCCCAGUGUGGUCUCACACUGAGGCAGACUCAGCGUUGGUUCAGGAGACGUCGGAACCAGGAACGGCCUUGCCUGUCCAAGAAAUUCUGUGAAGCUAGCUGGAGGUUUGUCUUCUAUCUGUGUUCCUUCGUGGGUGGCGUCUCUGUCCUCUACCAUGAGCCAUGGUUUUGGACAUUGGCAUUGUGCUGGGAAAAUUACCCACAACAGACCCUGAAUCUGGCCCUGUACUGGUGGUACCUCCUGGAGCUGGGCUUCUACAUUUCACUGCUAAUCACUUUGCCCUUUGACAUCAAACGCAAGGACUUCAAGGAGCAGGUGGUGCACCACUUUGUGGCCGUGGGACUGAUAGCCUUCUCCUACAGCUCCAACUUGCUGCGCAUUGGUUCCGUGGUGCUGCUGCUGCAUGAUUGCUCUGACUACCUGCUGGAGGCUUGUAAGAUGUUCAACUAUACCCACUUUCAGCGAGUGUGCAACACGCUCUUCAUCAUCUUCUCCUUAGUCUUCUUCUACACUCGCCUCAUAUACUUCCCCACCCAGGUCAUCUACUCCACUGUGUUUGACUCCAUCAGGAGCUCAGGCCCCUUCUUCGGCUACUACUAUUUUAAUGUGCUCUUGGUGAUGCUGCAGAUUCUUCAUGUGUACUGGUUCUGUCUCAUCCUGCGCAUGGUCUGCAGUUUCCUGAGGAAGGGUCAGAUGGGAAAGGACAUUCGUAGUGAUGCGGAAGAAUCAGACUCCAGUGAUGAUGGGGCAGUUCCUGAAGGUCCUCAGCUGAAGAACAGAAUGGCUCGAGGGUCUGGGCCAGCCAUUGCCAAUGUCCCACGGAGCCGGGCAGCUGGGCGCCUGGCCAAUGGACACACUCAGGCCACCUAGGACUGACAUUGAGGGGUUGCUUCCAGCAUUGUGAAUAUCCAGAUGCUGGGUUGGUGACCUUGGGAGACAGGGAGGCCCUCUCCCUGGUAGGAAGAGGACUAAUGAUCUGUUUCCAGCACUUCCCUCCUACCCCUUUAUCCCUUUGAGCAACUGGAUGGAGCCUGGGGGAGCAGUGGACUCUGCAUCUGUCCAGAGUCACCAUCAGGCUGUAGCCUGGGGGCUGUGGGGAGCCUUGGCUCCAAGGACCAAUAAAACUUCAACAGAGAUAAA